GAAAGGCUGUAAACACGCUUCUCCAAAACACGUGAGGAAGAGCGUCCCUCGCCUUGGAUAUUUUUAUUUUAUUUUGUACGUCCUAAGAAGUUUAAUUUAGAGGAUUUUGGGAGACAGCCAGUUCACUACAGAGUUAGAAUGUCAGACAACGAGGAAGAGAAUGUGGAGGCACCAAAGGGCCCAGUGGAGAAUGCUUGGUCAGUCAAGAUCCCUGAGUUUAAGAAAGGAGAUAUGAAAAGCCACCUCCUUGAAGAGAGCUCAUUUUCACUUCUGUUCCCCAAAUACCGUGAGAGAUACAUAAGGGAAUGCUGGCCUUUAUUGGACAAAACUCUGAAGGAACAUGGAAUCAAGGCUGAACUGGAUCUUAUCAAAGGAAGCAUGAAAGUAGCAACCACAAGAAGUACCUGGGAUCCCUAUGCUAUCAUUAAGGCACGAGACAUUAUUAAACUACUCAGUCGGUCAGUCCCAAUAGAGCAGGCAGUGAGAGUUCUACAGGAUGGUAUCACACAUGAAAUUAUUAAGAUUGGAGGCAUGAUUCGCAACAAAGAGAGAUUCAUAAAGCGCAGGCAGAGAUUGAUUGGUUCAAAUGGAACAACGUUAAAAGCAUUAGAAUUAUUAACGGAUUGCUAUGUGCUUGUUCAGGGACAAACAGUAUCAACCAUUGGUCCAUAUAAAGGAGUUCUUGAGGUUGUACGUUUUGUAACAGACACCAUGAACAACAUUCAUCCAGUGUACCUCCUCAAGUCUCUCAUGAUCAAAAGACAUCUGGCCAACAGUCCGGACAAAAAGAAUGAAGACUGGUCCAGAUUCCUGCCUAAAUUCAAGAGCAAAAACGUACAAAGGAAGAAGCCAAAGGUGAAGAAGGACAAGAAACCCUACACUCCCUUCCCCCCAGAACCCCAGGAGAGGAAGAUCGACAAGGAACUGGCAGAGGGAAAAUACUUCGUGGACCAGGAGGAGCGUAAUGCCGCCAAGAGGAAGAGACCCAACGAGGAGAAGAAGAAGGCGGUGGCUGAGAAGCAGAAGGAGAAAAGAGCAAAAUCCUUUGUACCGCCCCAAGAGCCACAGCACAAGCCAGACAAACCCAAACAAGGCAGCGCAAAUGUUGAUGUCGAGGCAUUGAAAAAGAAAGUCAAGAAGAGAAAAUCAAUAGCUUAAUUUUUUUUUUUUUCUGGAAAAGAUAAAUGUUAGGUUAUUCAGGUCAUUCAGUCCUUUAAUGUAGGACUAGGAGAUAUGAAGUGCAUGUCUAAACUCCCACAGAUACUGUAUUGCAGAGUUUAAUGAAUGGGCCCUAAUAUAUUUCCAAAAGAUGA